UCCUCUCUCAAUCCAUAGUCCAUACAAUAGACUAUCUUCUCUUCUCUUCUCUUCUCUUUCCUUUCUGUCAUUGAUACAUAAACACCCUCCAAAAAAUGACCCAAGAUAAGGAAAGCUUGACUGGAAUACAAGAUUCCAGCAAGCAACAUUCCAUCUUCAAGAAACACAAGAAGCUGUUUUUAGCUCUCUUUGCUUCCGUGCUCAUUAUUGCUACUGUUACCGCCAUUGUCACUGGUGUAAACUCAAACAAGAAAGAUACCACAGCAUCACCAUCUCAUUCCAUACUCAAAUCUUCAUGUAGCACCACAAGAUACCCUGAUUUAUGUUUCUCUGCUGUAGCUUCUGCUCCUGGCGCUACAAGCAAAUUGGUUAGCCUUAAAGAUGUCAUUGAAGUUUCUUUAAACCUUACUACUACAGCCGUUGAACACAAUUUCUUCACUGUAGAGAAGCUCGCGAAAAGAAAAGGCUUAACCAAGAGAGAAAAAACUGCUCUCCAUGAUUGUUUGGAGACUAUAGAUGAGACUCUUGAUGAGCUACAUAAGGCUAUGGAUGAUCUAAAAGAGUAUCCAAACAAGAAAUCCCUUUCUCAGCAUGCGGAUGAUCUUAAAACUUUAUUAAGUUCUGCAAUAACUAAUCAAGAAACAUGCUUAGAUGGGUUUUCUCACGAUGGUGCUGAUAAGCAUAUCAGAGAGGCUCUGUUAGCUGGUCAAGUUCAUGUUGAGAAAAUGUGCAGUAAUGCUUUGGCAAUGAUAAAGAACAUGACAGAUACUGACAUUGCUAAUGAGCUUAAGUUGUCAGGUAGUAAAAAUAGAAAGCUCAAGGAGGAGAAAGAUCAAGAAAGUGUGUGGCCGGAGUGGUUGUCAGCCGGUGACAGGCGGUUGUUGCAGUCUUCGUCUGUGACACCGAAUGUGGUGGUGGCAGCUGACGGAAGUGGUGAUUAUAAGACAGUAUCAGCUGCUGUAGCUGCUGCUCCAUCGAAAAGUAGUAAAAGGUAUAUCAUCAGAAUUAAGGCAGGAGUUUACAAGGAAAAUGUGGAAGUGCCAAAGGGCAAAACAAAUCUAAUGUUUUUGGGAGAUGGAAGAAAAACUACUAUCAUCACAGGAAGUAGGAACGUGGUUGAUGGAAGCACAACAUUUAAUUCUGCCACUGUUGCUGCGGUAGGGCAAGGAUUCCUAGCCAGGGGAGUAACGUUUGAAAACAAGGCUGGACCAUCAAAGCACCAGGCAGUAGCACUAAGAGUUGGUGCUGAUCUAGCAGCUUUCUACGAAUGCGACAUGAUAGCCUACCAAGACACUCUCUAUGUCCAUUCCAAUCGUCAGUUUUUCAUAAACUGCUAUAUCGCAGGCACAGUCGACUUCAUUUUUGGCAACUCAGCAGCUGUUUUCCAAGACUGUGACAUCCAUGCUAGAAAACCCAAUUCAGGCCAGAAAAAUAUGGUUACAGCUCAAGGCAGGUCUGACCCUAAUCAGAACACAGGAAUAGUGAUCCAGAAAUGCAGGAUUGGCGCCACUUCUGAUUUAAGACCUGUUCAAAGUAGCUUCCCAACAUAUCUUGGCAGGCCCUGGAAAGAAUACUCGAGAACUGUGGUAAUGCAGACAGCAAUCAGUGAUGUGAUACAUCCUGCAGGAUGGCAUGAAUGGAGUGGGAGUUUCGCAUUGAGUACUCUGUUUUAUGGAGAGUAUCAGAAUAGCGGGGCUGGUGCUGGAACAUCAAAGAGGGUCAGCUGGAAAGGGUUUAAGGUUAUCACAAGUGCAACCGAAGCUCAAGGUUUUACUCCUGGCAAGUUUAUUGCUGGUGGCAGCUGGUUGAGUUCCACUACUUUCCCAUUCUCUCUUGGUCUGUAAACAGUUAAAUCUAAUUUAUUCUUGGAGAGCAAUCUUAUAGCUAACUAGUGUUCGAUUUGUGUGUUUUGUUGGGCGGCUAUGUGUAUGUUUUCUGUAGUGAUUUAAUUAAUAAGAGCAUGGCAUUAAGUUGAAAUGCCUUUUCUGAA